GUGAAAAUCCUGCAAACAUUUAUUAAAUAACGAAGCGGUGUAACCUAGUGCAAAGACCAACAGAAACAGAAACAGUCAGCAAGAAAAAAUCACUCGACGGCAAGUUUUAAGAACAAGACCAAUAAUCGUGUCCAACGCCAUCGAGUGAAAUUUAUCGAUCAAAAGUAAUAAGAAAGAGAGCAACAAGAACAACAACUGAGAAAGAGAAAAGAAAAGAAGCGCAACAACAACAAUCACAGCAACGGCGACGGCAGCAUCUGGCAAAGACAACGGCAAACACAAAGGCAAGCUAAUCAAUCAACAGGAAGCAAAAAAGCCAGCAACGGGCCACAGCGACAACAACAACAAAUGGGAACCAAUUCGGGAGCCACCGCUGGCAUCAAUAACAAGCCGGUCGGCGGUGCCGCCGUUCUCGGCGUUGGUGUUACCAAUUCAGCUGUAGGCAACGUGCUAUCCAACAGCUUGGGCGGCGCCGGUCUCAGCAUUAGCGGAUUAGGCGCUGGCGGACAGAACGCCAAUGUUGGCGGCAUAAUCUCCGGCAUGGUUGGCGGUGGCAACAAUGGCAGCGACGAUGGCGGCAACGGCAUGGGCGGCCCUGGCGGUGGACCCAACAAUCAGCAGGCAACCACGCCCCAAUACACAAUUCCGGGCAUAUUGCAUUUCAUACAACAUGAAUGGUCGCGCUUCGAACUGGAGCGUUCACAGUGGGAUGUGGACAGGGCAGAAUUGCAGGCGCGGAUCGCAAUGCUGCUGGGCGAACGAAAAUGUCUGGAGAGCCUCAAAUCUGAUCUGACGCGUCGCAUAAAGAUGCUAGAGUAUGCGUUGCGUCAGGAGCGGGCGAAAUUCUAUCGAUUAAAAUACGGUACCGAUCCGCCGCAGCUGAAUGAGUUCAAGCCCUCGUCGAAUGACGAUGGUGGCCUGGGCGGGGAUGUGGCGACCGAUUCUGAAGUGCCCUAUAGUUCAGUGUCAAACACCACGUGGCGACAGGGCAGGCAAAUGUUGCGCCAAUAUCUGGCCGAGAUUGGAUACACAGACAACAUCAUUGAUGUGCGCUCAAAUCGUGUACGCUCGAUUCUAGGACUCAACAAUAAUGCGGAUCACGAUGGUGGCGGCGGCAUCGGUGGCGGUGAGAAUCUCAGUCCAAAUAUCAACGGCAACGAGAGUAAUAAACGUGCCUCAGAGUCUGAAGGACGUCAUACUCCCGCUAAAAAAGUGCAACAAUCAAACGAUGCCAUCAUAUUGGACACGGAGGCGGCGGUCAUGGCCAAUUUUGAGUUCCUUGGGCCAACGGAGAUGUCCGACGAUGAUGAGAUAUCCGAUGAUCUGGAAAUGGUCGCCACCGACAAUGAAGAUACAGACGUUAAAAUGGCCAAGCGGCCCAAAUCCGGCAAGGAUAUGCUGACCGAAGAUCUUGAGGCCGAGGUGGGAGAGCAGCUCAUGAACGAUAUGAAUCUUAUGACCGAAGAGGUGGACGGGUCACUGGGAUUGGGUGAGCUGGCGCAGCUGACGGUCAAUAAUGAAUCGGAUGGUGCAUAUGAUGCGAAUGCCAAGGACGGCACUGGAGGCAGUGCUGGUGGAGCUGGUUAUCGCAAGACCUGGAAUGCCAAGUACACGCUGCGAUCGCAUUUUGAUGGAGUGCGUUCGUUGAUUUUCCAUCCGGAGGAGCCCGUGCUAAUAACUGCCUCCGAGGAUAAUACGCUCAAGCUGUGGAAUCUACAGAAGACGGUGCAAGCCAAAAAGUCCGCUAGUCUUGAUGUGGAGCCGCUCUAUACGUUCCGCGCGCACACCGGGCCAGUCCUGUGUCUGGGCAUGUCCUCCAGCGGUGAGACAUGCUACUCUGGAGGACUGGAUGGCAACAUCGAGUGCUGGCAGUUACCAUCACCCAAUAUUGAUCCAUACGACUGUUACGAUCCCAAUGUGCACUCCGGCACGUUGGAGGGGCACACGGACGCCGUUUGGGGUCUGACCACUAUGCAGAACAACAUUGUAUCAUGCUCGGCGGAUGGUACCGUUAAACUAUGGUCACCAUACACAAAGGAGCCGCUGCUGCGCACCUAUACGGCCGCGGAGGCCGAGGGCGGGCCCUCAUCCGUGGACUUUGUGCGCAACGAGGUGGAUCACAUUGUGGUUGCCUAUAAUAGUGCACAUUGCAUUAUCUAUGAUACGGAGACGGGCAAGCAGGUGAUUAAACUGGAGGCGGCACAAGAGAUGUCCGGCAAUACGGGGAAGUUUAUUAAUAAAGUCGUCUCCCAUCCGACACUGCCCAUAACUAUAACGGCGCACGAGGAUCGUCACAUACGCUUCUGGGAUAAUACAUCUGGUACACUGGUGCAUUCGAUGGUUGCGCAUUUGGAACCAGUCACAUCACUGGCCGUUGAUGCGCACGGUCUGUACUUGCUAUCCGGUUCACAUGACUGCUCCAUACGACUCUGGAAUCUGGACAAUAAGACGUGCGUGCAGGAGAUUACCGCACACCGCAAAAAGUUCGAUGAAAGCAUAUUUGAUGUGGCAUUCCAUGCCACCAAACCCUAUAUAGCCAGCGCCGGAGCCGAUGGACUGGCCAAGGUGUUUGUCUAAGAUUAUAGACCAACAGCAGUAGCAGCAGCAGCUCCCAGCUAAGCGAUAACGAGUUCGAGUUAAAUAAUUAUACAUACAUAAAAAUACACUUAUAUAUAUACAUAUAUUAUACAUUUAAAUCUAAUUAUACAUUAUACAAGAGAUGAACAACAACAACAAAUUAUGAAAACCAGAUUGCAAACAAAACAAAAGAAAAAACCAAUUGCUAUGUAAAGGGAAAAUUGUCCCAAAAAAAUAAAAAACACAUAAUUAGGGCGAGUUGAUUCGUAAGAAACAUAUUGUAAUCUACAACAUCAUACAGAUGCAGAUCCAAUAUAUACAUAUAUAUUUAUAUAUAUAAGUGCAACACACCUACACCCAUAAAUUGAAUUUGUUAACAAGAUGAAAAGUUCUUAAUCCUGUGGCACUUUAACAGCUGCAAGUUUAACAACUUUCUUCAAGUAGAUGAUGAUUGCCAAUCAAUAACAAUCUAGAUUUAAUUUUAACAAACCUGCAAAGCGAUUGUGUCAAUGUUUGCUGUCCUGUACAUUUUAUAUUUAUAUAUAUAUAUAUGUAUAUAUAUAUAUACUUACCCCCCUCACGCCCAUGGCUAACUUUAAUGAUGAUGAUGAUUAAUCAACGUACCUUUUUGUAAUUGGCCACUCGCGUUGCAGGUUUCAGGUUUUUGCAUUUCUUUUGCAGUCAGGGAUGAAGCUGAAGCUAUGUCUUGUGCUGGAAAGAAGAUUUACUCAUCUAACAAACGUUUUACGUAAUGAUUAAUAGACGAUCAAAUUUUGUAGUCUUAAGCGGCAUAUAUAUAUAUAUAUAUUUAUAUAUAUUCAUAUACAUAUAUAUAUGCAUAACUCGUCACCAUCUCCCACAUAAUACAAAGAGCGUGCAAGUUGUAAAUUAAGAUAAGAAAACGCCGACGAUAAUGAAUACUGAUGAUAAUGAGUUUAAUUUAUUUAAAGAAAGCAUGGUGUGAAACAAACAUAAUAUUAGUUAAAAACAAAAACUAAUCACACAUGGUAAAACUUUAUUAAACACUAAGUGAAAAAAGUAAAUGCUUCUAUUUCUAUAAUUUUUCAUACAAAGAGUACGCAAUGCUUAGGACAGAGAUCCAGAUAUAACUGAUCCAGAUGAUAUAAAUAAUAAUGCCGUUGAGCUAUAACUGUAUGCUAAGCUAUUUAUUUAAUUUAUGCCUAGUAUUAAUCAUAAACAAAAAGAAAACAAUAUGAGAAAAAAAAGCUUCAAACGCUGAUCCAAUGGAUUUCGUACACUUGUAGUUGAAAAAAGAAAAAAUAUAUAUAUAUAUAUACUCGUAUAUAUAUAUAUGAAUAUGUUAAGAAUCGCUUAACGAUUUAUUAAUUGUAAUCAAAUAAUACGUUGAAAAUGGAAGUGAAUGCCGAGCAACUCAAUAUUAGUUAUAGUAUUACAAAUUAUUAUUACAAAAGCGUUGCGUUUCAUAAGA